GAAAAUAAGAGUCUGUGGUCUAUAAAACUGUCAACUGUGAGUGUGCUCCAUCGUUUGAAUUGAAAUAAAUUGAAUUAGAAAUUAAUAUUGAAUGAAUUAGACUAUCAGCUUCGCACCAUGUCUUGGUUAUUUGGGUACAGUCGUCCUCAACAGCCCCCUCCGGAGGAACCCCCUGCGGAUGGGGUUGGCGCAGCUGCUGCUCCUGUUAGCCUAACCAAAGCCGAAAAAAAAGCCAUGGAAGCUUACAGGUUUGACUCAAGCGCCCUAGAAAGAGCAGCGCAGGCCGCUCGAGAACUGGAAAGAUCAAGACAUGCCAAAGAUGCGUUGGAACUUAGUAAACUACAAGAGAACACUCGUCAGCAAGAGCAUCUGGCUAAGAUUAAAGAGUAUGAAGCAGCCAUUGAACAUGCAAAAGUGGAUCAGAAAAGAGUUGAUUAUGAAGAGAGACGUAAAACACUUCAGGAAGAAACAAAACAGCAUCAAAUGAGAGCCCAGUACCAAGAUCAAUUAGCCAAGACACGCUAUGAAGAACAAUUAGUUCAGCAUCAGAAAUCACAGGACGAAAUACUUAGAAAACAGGAAGAAAGUGUAGCUAAGCAGGAGGCCCUUCGCCGUGCAACCAUUGAACAUGAAAUGGAAAUGCGCGAGAAGAAUAAGCUGAAAGCCAUCGAAGCAGAGGCGAGAGCACGCGCAAAAGCUGAUCGCGAAAACCGUGAUAUAACAUUGGAGCAAAUAAAGUUAAAAGCUGCUGAAAAUAGGACAACUAUAUUGGAGAGCAUACAGACAGCAGGAAAUGUGAUAGGCACAGGAUUGAAUGCUCUAGUUACGGACUGGGAUAAGACACUGGCAGCUGUGGGAGGGUUGUCAUUGCUUGCUCUUGGUGUUUACACAGCCAAAGGAGCUACUUCUGUGACCGCUCGGUUCAUUGAAGCUAGGAUCGGUAAGCCUGCAUUAGUCAAUGAGACUUCAAGAUUCUCCCUGCUCGAAGCGCUCAAGCAUCCGGUACUAACGAUAUCGAAAGCUGUAGCGAAUUUCAGAAAACCUUCAGAUGCACUCGCUGGUGUCGUGUUGGCACCGAAUUUGGAAAAACGUUUGAGGGAUAUUGCGAUUGCCACAAAGAACACUAAAACAAAUAGAGGUUUCUAUAGGAAUUUGCUCAUGUACGGACCACCUGGUACUGGAAAAACAUUAUUCUCUAAGAAAUUGGCGAAGCAUUCGGGAAUGGAGUACGCAAUAAUGACUGGCGGUGACGUAGCUCCAAUGGGCAAGCACGCGGUUGCGGCGAUACACAACAUGUUCGACUGGGCCAACACCAGCAGAAAAGGUGUCCUCCUAUUCAUCGAUGAAGCUGACGCGUUCUUACACAAGCGCUCCUCGACGCAUAUAAGUGAAGACCUCAGGGCAGCCUUGAACGCUUUCCUGUACCGUACAUCUGACCAAAGCAGCCGUAUAAUGUUGGUCUUGGCAUCAAAUACGCCACAGCAGUUCGACUCAGCCAUAAACGAUCGUUUGGACAAGAUGAUCGAGUUUGGACUGCCCGGCUUGGAAGAGAGGGAGAGAUUGAUCAGACUGUACUUUGACAAGUUUGUGCUGCAACCAGCUUCGGAGGGCAAAAGGCGGCUGAACGUGGACCAGUUCGACUACGGUGCACUAUGUUCAAAGCUGGCUGAACGGACAGCUGGUAUGUCCGGCCGAGCUUUGUCCAAAUUGGGUGUCGCUUGGCAAGCAGCCGCGUACGCGUCAGACGAUGGAAGACUCACUGAACAAAUGUGCAUUGAGAUAUGCGACGACGCCGUACAGGAUCAUCGGCAGAAGAUGGAAUGGCUGUCUGCUGAAGAGAAGAGUCGUAGUAUGAUACCGUAUCUCCUAGACCUACCGCCUCUGGAUAAAACCGAUGACAAUGUGCAGAAAGCGACCGUCACCGAAAUAAUGGACACCAAAGAAGAGCCCAAAGCCACGACGCCCAAGAAGAAGGUGAAAGAAACCUAUUUGGAGAAGUGACAGGACACCAAAAACAAUACAGUACCAAUUAAAAACACAAGUUCCAAACGCAACAGUGACUGUGAUAAUAAACAGUGCAUAUAUGACUUUACUAUAACUAAACUGCAAAAGUUUGUUGUAUUAUCAGACAAUGACAUGAGAGUUCUACGAGAAUUGUCUAUUAAAUUUAAAAAAUAAUCUUAUUGCGCCAACUCAAACAGUUUCCUACAAGUGUACAAAUUUUGUAGUAUGUUUUUUUGAAAUAUUUUGGAGUACAUAUUUUUAUUUAUUUUCAGCGGAUAAUAUAUAAAAAUAUUGAACAAUGCUAUUAGUAACAAUUGGAUGUGGUUAUGCAAAUAAGAACAGUCCAAUUUUAUAUUAAUGUAAGUGAGACAAAUUUGUAAUCUAUUUUAUAAAUUCUUUGCGUAUAAUGUUGUAUUAAAUAAUGCACAAUGUUAUUAAUAACACUUGGAUGCGGUUAUGCAUAUAAGAGAAAAUUUGGUGAAUUUUUCAAAUUGAGUUCCUGUGAAAGUUAUGCUAUAUAUUUUUAAUCUUGGUGUGUAAUACUGAAAUAAAUGAUGCUCAAGGUCACCAUUAAUUGGAUGGAUUUGGAUGUGGAUAUACAAACACGAUCCAAGUCACUAAAAUUAUUGAAUUAGGUGUAUUUAAUUCUUGGUGUAACACUGAUCUCUGUUAUUUAACACUGGCUGGCUCCAUAUAAAAAUGACAGCUGAAUUUUAGUUCCCAUGACUUGCGGUUGUAUCUGGAACUAAUUUUAUAGUGUUUUGGCUAAAUAUCAUUUUAGCACUAACAGACCAACGAGGUUAUAAUAUUCUGUCCAGUGGUAAUAAUAGAGCUUAGUUUUUUGUAAUAACAAUUGGAUGUGGUUAUGCAAACUAGGUACAAUCUGUAAAAUAUGACUAAUUAAGGUAAAUAUAUUAUGAUCAGUAUAUUAGAUUGACUGAUUCGUUGACUCAUUCUAUCGCGUGAAAGUUAACUACGAUGUAUACGGAAUUUAAAGAGCUCCAUCUAGCGAUAAAUCCGUUUCCCAUUACUACCGAGAUGGUACCGUUUCGGCUACAUACUUAAAAAUCUCGAACGAGGAACUACCCUAGUAUAGAAUUUAUACACAAAUUUUGUGCUUAGCUUUCGUUACAUAACUUUAUCCAAUUGUAAUACAAUCGGUAUCUAUAGAUUCAAGCAAUAAUAAAGUAAUAUGUUGUGCUUGAUGCAUUUCUUUAUGUAGAAUUAAAAUAUGCCUGCACCCCGAGAUUGGAAUGUACAGAUUGUAGUAAUAUAAAUGUCGUAGUCUACAUAUGUAGAAGUUAUAAAUGCAUUUAAUUUACAAAUUCAUUAUAAUAUAAUAUUAGGGGUCGGAUAAAUAUUAAUUUAGUGAAAAAUUAAAGUACGUUAUACAUCUGCGUUUUAAAGGACCUGAAAACCAUUUAUUUUAAAUUAGAUUCAGAAUAAUGUUUAUAAUAAAAGGGAAAGUGUACGAGGUAAACUUACUCUUAUAAAGUGGGUUAGUGUAUAAAUGAGCUGCAGUUCGCAUUUCAUAUAGUAGUUGUUGCUGAUUAAUUGUGUGUAGAUUUGUUAAUACAAAGCUGUUAAUUUUC